CGUGGCUUUGAGACGCGGCCAAACCACGUCACGAGCCGUAAGGUGUUGAAGGAGUCAAUGUAGACUAUGAGAGAAGAAACGGAGACAUUCAAACUUUACAGAGAGUAACACGAAUCGUCAACGCCUUUAUAUAUUACACACACAUUUUAUGUGUAUCUCUGUGUUUCAGAAUCAGACCUAAGCCAUUGUUGAAGCCUUUCCUCAUUUCUCCAUUUAGAUCAAGAAAUAUGGCAAACCGUCCACACGUUCCGAAGUUUGGGGACUGGAACAACCAAGACCAACCAUUCACGGUCGUCUUUGACAACGCAAGGACGAACAAACGACAAGACUUGUAUGAAUCUAUAGAGAAACCAGAGACCAAACCUCAAGAGCUAGCUCCUCCUCCUCCUCAGCCUGCUCGUAGAAUUCAAAAACCGGAAGCACCAAAACCGGUUAAGCAAGACACGCCGAGAGCACCUCCACCAACCGAAAAAAACAGAGUCAAAGCUCCACCGGCAGAUCAACUCUACGGAGGCGGGGGCAGUGGAGGCGGAGGCAGGAGUGGAAGUGGAAGCGCAGGUGGUCUUUAUGGAGGUUAUGGAGGCGGAUCAGUCGGGAACCAACGGCAGCCACCAGCUCCUCGUCCUACGCAGCCUAGACAAAAUCUCAGAGGCGGCAACAACGGAAGGGGAGGGACAACGAUACCGCCAUUCCCAGGAUCAGUUGGUGCAGGGGGGGACAUGAGUUACACACAAAUUUUCGAGAAAGUCAAAGAAGAGAGAAACGAAGGUGUCAUCAGACCCAACGGAGGAACAGCCGGCAACACUCCUUCCCGCCCCAUCAACAGUCAACAUGAUCAAUCUACCAACCAAACCUCUUCCAAGGGCUGCUGCUUCUCAUGGUGCCGCAGGGGAAGUAAAUAUUGAAGACAAUGUACAUAUUUAUCCCUAUUUCGAUAUAUCUUUUUCUUUUGUAACAAAAAGGAGUGAAGUUUUUGCUGACAACGUUGGAGCUUCUACAAUUUUUUUUUAAAUUAUUUUAAUUUGUUUCUCAAGUAUGGAUGGUGUAGUUUAUUUGUGUUGUGUAUUUGAAUUUUGUAAUGAAAAAUUGUUUAUUUCUGCUACCGACAAAA